GUGUUUUCUCUCUGUUUUGCACAGUCAUCUUCCUGGCAGUUUGGACUUUAGACACGUGCAUAAAGCGCAGGGUCUGAGAAGAGCUGUGACAUUGGAUUCACUGGACGAGUGCAGAAGAGGAGCUCAGAGGCAUGUAGCAGCCUGUUGAUACCCAACAAAGCACGUCAUUUGGAGUGUGGGAGGACAGAGGAGAGCAUAAAUAGUCUGGCACAGGACAGAAGAUUUUCUGUUUAAAAAGUGAAGGCACCACUGGAGACCAUGUCAGCUGCUGCUCUGGAGGAGUACUGUGGGUCCACCUUCUGGAAUGCCUCGUACCUGGAGGGAGAAGAUCCGGAUCUCCCUGUGUGUAUGGAACAGACUGUGCUUGUUUGGAUCCCCCUCACCUUCUUGUGGCUCAGUGUACCAUCACAUCUGAUCCACCUGUGCAGAAAGACUAAAUACAACUCGAAGCAUCUAUCCAAACUCUACAUCUGCAAACAGAUUGUGACAGGCCUCUUGUUCCUGGCUGCAGUAGCAGCACUCGCAGUUACACUGGGGCAAGAUUUUGGUCAGAGUAAAGAUCCAAAUACACCAAAGCACGCAGACGUGUAUUAUGCGAACCCUGUUCUGUAUGCAGUGUCAUGGGUCGUGAUCAUUCUGUGCCAGGAAGCAGUGAGGAGGAGAGGGGCUAUAGACUCUACCACACUCUGCCUUUUCUGGUUGCUUCAAAUUGUCUGUCAUGUCUUUCCAUUUCAAACUCUACUAAGAGCAGCCCUCAAGCAGGGGGAAGUCACUGAUGUGCCUCGUUUCUCUCUAUUCUUUAUUACUUUUGCAUUGGAACUAUGCGCUUUUGUCCUGUCUGCUAUGGCCGACGUUCCACCCGAACUUUUAGAGCGAGUAAAAAAGAAUCCUGAACAGGGUGCACCAUUUUUUAGUAGAAUUACCUUCGACUGGUUCAACAGUAUGGUAUUUACAGGCUACAAGCGUCCUUUGGUCCAAGAGGACAUGUGGGACUUAAAUGAGGCAGACAGCACCUCUUAUAUCAACAGGAAGUUUCAGUCUAACAUGAUGAUAGAGCUGGCUGCAGCUCAGGUCAAACACCGCCUUAAAAGACAAAAGAAAGAAAUGGACAAGGGAAGAAACAGAGAUGAGACCCUUCCAAACGGCACGUCCAAUGGUCUGGCCAAAGGUGUCAGUCAGGAUGGUCUUGUGAUGGAAGAAAUAGAUAAGGCUAAAAAUACAGAAAAGAAAAAAGGAAAAAACAAAGAAGACCAAGAAGAUUAUCCCAACUCAUGGCUAAUUCCCGCCAUUUACAAAACUUUUAAGUGGGUUCUAAUUGAGUCAGCUCUUUUCAAACUUCUACAGGACCUGUUGAGUUUUGUCAGUCCUCAGAUUCUGAAAAUGAUGGUUGAAUUUACCCAGGACAAACAGCGCCCGGUUUGGGAGGGCUAUCUGUACGCAGUGCUAUUGCUGGUCAUGGCCCUGCUGCAGUCUGUGUUCCUACAGCAGUACUUCCAGCGCUGCUUUGUGCUGGGCGUGAAAGUACGCACUGCCAUUAUGGCAGCAGUUUACAAAAAGGCCUUGGUUGUAUCAAAUGACGUACGUAAGGAGUCCACAGUGGGGGAGACGGUGAACCUGAUAUCAGCUGAUGCUCAGCGCUUCAAUGACGUCACCAACUUCAUCCACCUGCUCUGGUCCUGCCCUCUGCAGAUCGCUCUGGCCAUCCUCUUCCUCUGGUUUGAGCUGGGACCCUCUGUACUGGCAGGACUGGCAGUGAUGAUCUUAAUGGUUCCAAUCAAUGGACUGUUGGCCAACAAAGCUAGGAAAAUCCAGGUUGACAACAUGAAGUACAAAGACAAGAGACUGAAGAUCAUGAAUGAAAUACUAAAUGGAAUCAAGAUCUUGAAGCUGUUUGCAUGGGAGCCCUCCUUUCAGAAUCAGGUGGAAGAACUCAGAAAGGAAGAGCUGAAGGUUUUGAAGAAAUUUGCCUAUCUCACAUCCGUGUCUACAUUCAUCAUGACUUGUGCUCCUGCUCUGGUAUCAUUAGCCACUUUUGCAACAUUUGUCGGCAUGAGCUCAAACAACGUCCUGACAGCGGCCAAAGCCUUUACAUCUAUAUCUCUCUUUAAUAUUCUGCGCUUUCCUCUGGCAAUGCUCCCCAUGCUAAUCGCAGCAAUGGUUCAGACAUUGGUGUCAAAAAAGCGUCUUGAGAAAUUUCUUGGUGGUGAAGACCUAGACCAUGAAAUUGUGCAGCAUGACCCUUCUUUCAGUACUGCUAUUACUAUUUCUGGUGGUUCCUUUGCCUGGGACCGAGAGGCAGAUCCACUGCUAAAAAAUGUGUCCAUUGAGAUCAACCCAGGCAAAUUGGUGGCUGUGGUGGGAGCUGUUGGCUCAGGGAAGUCCUCACUCAUAUCAGCUGUUCUCGGUGAAAUGAACAAGAAAAAAGGUUUAAUCAAUGUCCAGGGUUCACUAGCAUAUGUCCCGCAACAAGCAUGGAUCCAAAAUGCCACGCUAAGAGACAACAUACUAUUUGGCUCUGCUUAUGAAAAGGGCCGGUUUCAACAGAUCAUUGAGGCCUGUGCCCUUGGUCCUGAUCUUGAAUUGCUGGCUGCAGGAGAUCUUACAGAAAUUGGAGAAAAGGGUAUCAACCUUUCAGGUGGUCAGAAGCAGCGUGUCAGCUUGGCCCGUGCUACGUACAGUAAAGCUGAUAUCUACUUGUUAGAUGAUCCCUUGUCUGCUGUAGAUGCACAUGUAGGAAAACAUCUGUUUGACAAAGUCAUUGGACCAAAUGGACUUCUCAGAGAUAAGACCCGUGUCCUUGUGACUCACGCUGUUAGUUUUCUGCCUUUUGUUGAUGAAAUUAUAGUCUUAAAAGAUGGAACAGUUUCUGAAGUUGGAUCUUAUAACAGCCUUCGUGCGAGCAAGGGUGCUUUUGCAGAGUUUUUAGACACGUAUGCCAAAGAGCAAAGCAAUCAGGACCAAUCACACAGAGAUAGCAAUGAGGUAGAACUUAUUCCUGAUGUAGAGGACACUCAAUUAGACUCUCCCCUUGAAGACGCUAUUUCUGUUACACUGAAGAGAGAAAACAGUAUCAGGCGAAGUCAACGCGGUGGCAGUGUGAGACUAAGGGCCACAAGUUCAGUGAAAGAACAAAAAGAUGAACUCAUCAAAGGACAAAAGUUGAUUGAGAAAGAAGCUAUGGAGUCUGGACAGGUCAAAUUAUCAGUGUUCCUCCAGUACAUCCGUGCUAUGGGCUGGGGCUACACCUUCCUUGUGACUGCAAUAUAUUUCAUUCAAAACAUUGCCUUCAUUGGGCAAAAUCUGUGGUUGAGUGACUGGACAAAUGAUGCUGCUGCCUACGCCAACAUAACUUACCCAUCCUGGAAACGUGACACCAGGAUUGGGGUGUUUGGAGCUCUGGGAGUGGCCCAAGGCAUUUUAGUGUUUGUGGCUACCAUACUUCUGGCCAAUGCUUCAGUGUCUGCCUCGCGAAUAAUGCACUCAAGGCUCCUAGAUAACAUACUGAAAGUUCCUAUGGUCUUCUUUGACACCACCCCCACAGGCAGAAUACUCAACCGCUUUGCAAAGGAUAUUUUCACAGUGGAUGAAGCUAUACCACAAUCAGUCCGGUCUUGGAUCCUGUGUUUUCUUGGUGUCUUGGGUACACUCUUUGUAAUCUGUCUGGCCACCCCUUUGUUUACCAUCAUCAUAAUCCCACUGGCUGUGGUCUAUUACUUUGUACAGCGAUUCUAUGUGGCCACUUCAAGGCAGCUACGUCGGCUGGACUCUGUAUCUCGAUCUCCAAUAUACUCUCAUUUUGGAGAGACAGUGUCUGGUCUGCCAGUGAUAAGAGCUUAUGGUCAUCAAGAAAGAUUUCUCAAACAAAAUGAGACCACAAUUGAUGAAAAUCUGAAAUCUGUCUACCCUUGGAUUGUGUCGAACAGAUGGGUCGCGAUUCGCCUGGAGUCUGUGGGUAAUCUGGUGGUGUUUUUUGCUGCACUGUUUGCCGUCAUUUCCAGAAACCGUCUUGAUAGUGGCCUGGUGGGGCUGUCUAUAUCCUACGCCCUUAAUGUGACGCAGACUCUUAACUGGUUGGUUAGAAUGACCUCAGAACUGGAGACUAAUAUUGUUGCAGUGGAGCGAGUGAGUGAAUAUUCUGAAAUUGAAAAUGAGGCUCAAUGGAUAACAGACAAAAGACCACCAGAAAAAUGGCCGGAGGAGGGAACGUUGCAGUUUGAAAAUUUUAAGGUGCGCUACCGACCUGAACUGGACCUGGUGCUGCAUGGAGUUACAUGUUUCAUAAACAGCCAAGAAAAGAUUGGUAUUGUGGGCCGAACAGGAGCUGGCAAAUCAAGCCUCACUAACUGUCUUUUCCGGAUAAUUGAAGCGGCAGAGGGUCGGAUCCUUAUUGAUGGUGUUGACAUUUCUUCAAUAGGGCUCCAUGAUCUUAGAGGCAGGCUCACAAUCAUACCACAGGACCCGGUGCUGUUCUCAGGCACUCUGAGGAUGAAUCUGGAUCCAUUCAACAAAUUCUCUGAUGAGGAGAUCUGGAAAGUACUGGAGCUGUCCCACCUUAAGACCUUUGUGACUGGGCUGCAGGAGGGGCUGCAGUAUGAGGUCGCUGAAGCGGGUGAAAAUCUCAGUGUGGGGCAGAGACAACUCCUGUGUUUGGCUCGUGCACUGCUCAGGAAGUCUCGGAUCUUGAUCUUGGAUGAGGCUACGGCGGCUGUGGACCUGGAGACAGAUGACCUGAUCCAGACCACCAUCCGUAAAGAGUUCUCUCAUUGCACAGUGCUCACUAUUGCCCACAGGCUGCACACCAUAAUGGACAGCUCCAGAGUAAUGGUGCUAGAUGCUGGAAAAAUAGUUGAAUUUGACUCUCCAAGCAACCUUCUCGCCAAACACAGCCAUUUCUAUUCCAUGGCGAAGAACGCAGGGAUCACACAAACUGAAACCACAUUUCAUUGAAUAGGCUUGUUUUACACAAGUCACAGUUCUUGUUUUGUAUAUUGAUGUAUUGCAAUGUUGAAAUAAUUUCAUGUAUCAGAGAAAUAAAUGAUAAUUUUGUUGUCUAAA